CCUGGCCUUGCGCUCCGCCGACGCCGGGACCCCAGACCCAGGCUCGAGCAGCCGGCUGCGGCCCCGCGAAGAUGGCGAGGCGGAGCCGCCACCGCCUCCUUUUGCUGCUGCUGCGCUACCUGCUGGUCGCCUUGGGCUAUCAUAAGGCCUAUGGAUUUUCUGCUCCCAAAGACCAACAAGUAGUCACAGCAGUUGAGUACCAAGAGGUUAUUUUAGCCUGCAAAAACCCAAAGAAGACCACUUCUUCCAGAUUAGAGUGGAAGAAACUGGGGCGGAGCGUGUCCUUUGUGUAUUAUCAACAGGCUCUUCAAGGUGAUUUCAAAGAUCGGGCUGAGAUGAUAGAUUUCAGCAUACGCAUCAAGAACGUGACGAGGAAUGAUGCUGGGAAGUACCGCUGUGAAGUUAGUGCCCCCUCUGAGCAAGGCCAAAACCUGGAGGAGGACACAGUCACGCUGGAAGUACUAGUGGCUCCAGCAGUUCCAUCAUGUGAGGUCCCCGCUUCUGCGCUGAGUGGGACUGCCGUAGAGCUACGAUGUCAAGACAAAGAAGGGAGGCCAGCUCCUGAAUACACGUGGUUUAAGGAUGGCAUCCGUUUGUUAGGGAAUCCCAAGCUUGACUCACAAAGCACGAACAGCUCCUACACAGUGAAUGCGAAAUCUGGAACUCUGCAAUUUAAUACAAUUUCCAAGCUGGACAGUGGAGAAUAUUCCUGUGAAGCCCGUAAUUCAGUUGGCUAUCGCAAGUGUCCUGGAAAGCGAAUGCAAGUAGAUGACCUCAACAUCAGCGGCAUCAUAGCGGCUGUGGUGGUUGUGGUAUUGGUGAUCUCCGUGUGUGGCCUUGGCGUGUGCUAUGCUCAGAGGAAGGGCUAUUUUUCAAGAGAAGCUUCUUUCCAGAAGAGUAGUUCAUCUAAAGCCACUACAAUGAGUGAAAAUGAUUUCAAGCACACAAAAUCUUUUGUAAUUUAAAGGAAUUCCAGUGUUGACGUCAUUAAAACCACAGUUGUUGCACAAGUUAUUAAACUAUUAUAAAACUGUUUGGGCUUACAUUUGCAAAAGGGUACCCGAAGAAAUGGUAUUAGUAUUCUGUUAUAAUUUGUAUGACCAUGGAUUCACCUGAAACUUUUACUUCAAACAAAUAAUUCUGUCAGCAUGUAAGCCAGAGUCUGGCUUUUGGUGUCUGGAUUGGAGAAAGAGGGUCUUUUUGCUUCGGCAGCAGAUGCUCAAAUUGGAGGAAAAGGGGUCAAAGCACUUUGCAAUAUUCUGAGGUUUGUGAAACGUUAACAGAUAUCCUAACUUCUAAAGUUAUUCAAAUCACACUGCUUGUGAAGUUAAUCCAGAGACCAGGAAAAGGUCAUGCAUGCGAGUGUGGAAAAUACUCUGACAGGUGCAGAAGGAACCUGUUCUCAUUCCUACCAGAAUCCUCUUUUCUCUCUUAAUAUAAUCCUUAUUCUGCUGCUGGCUUAUCAUGAAUUCUUCCACAGGAGGGAGGGUGGGGCGUUAAAUCUCAGAGAAGGAUUUGUACUUUGUGUUUACUUCCACUUCUGAGAACCAAAAGCAUCAUGAAGACCUAAUGGCCAGUGCUCGCUGGUGUGCACAAUUCCCUGGGCGCUUGUCAUUUGUGAGGCUCACGACCUUCACGUCAGAAGCCGUCCAGGGAGCAGCGCCGUCCCCUGCACUCCCAGUGACGUUGAAGCACCCUGCUUCUGAAGAGCAUGUGGAGCAUCUUGGGGCCAGGCUGAGCUCGGCUGCUGCCAGUCCUGUGAGGGGAAGAUGGAGAAGCCCAGGACAGGAGUCAUCAACCAACAGACAGCUCAUCAGGAUGGGACUGCUCUUUGCCACUCCAUGCAUGCAGCGCCCUACCUGAGGCACAAGACACUGGAGAAACUGGCUGGAAUAACAAAUGGGUGUAAUCCUUUAGCUUCUCAACUGAUGAACCAAAAAGGCCCCCAAAGCUGCUGGUACAACUUGAAAAUUCUGAUGAUUUAUUUAAUAUUAAGUGCAAAAAGCUUGAUUGUUAUAAUUUAUGAUGAUCAUUCAGUUCAUACUAGAGAAAAAAAAUAGGGCAAAAAGCAUGUCGUAUUCUGGAAGAUCUGGAUACAAGGGUUAUUACUACCUUUGACAGCUUUGAGCAUGGUUAAGUCGCUUCCAAAGGAGUCUGCUUUCUUCUAACCCAAGGGCACAGCAAAUCCCCAGGAGUCACUGAGCAGAUGGAAGAAGCACUCAGUCACUGCCCACUGUGCCUAGCCACCAGCCAGUGGAAGAUGGCCGCUGUCGGACUGCUUCCCUUGCCUUGUUUGGGACACUGGAUGCUGUCACUAGACACUCUCCCAGGAGGCUGGGCUUUUGUACCAUGACUUUGUGCCAAAAGUCAGAUCUCCACUUGAGUCAGAGGUCAGCAAACAUAGUCUGUAAAGGGCCACACAGUGGAUGUUUUCAGUCAUAUGGCUCCUGUUGCAGUGGACUCUGCCACUGCAGUGCAAAACCUGCCAGCCAGUGAGUAAACAAACGAGAUGUUCCAAUUAAACUUAGACAAGUUUGAGCCCAUAAGCAUAACUCCCUAACUGCUUUUUCUGUAAGCUUUUGUUAAAUGUUGCUUAGGCCCUGACGAAACGUUUGGCUUUGGUUUGAGGAAUGCUCUCUUCAGGCAUUGCCAAAGGGCCAUGGCAGUGAUGACUCUCAGACCGCCUCUUGAGGGUAGCUACCAUCACACAGGAGCAACUGCUUCAGCUUAAAUGACACACUUCCACUUUGCAGGGGGAAAUUAAGUAGUGCCUUAGCUUCACUAAGAGAUUCAGAGCAGCUUUCGAAAGCUAGAGUAUUCAUGUUAUGAAAGGUGAACAUUUAACACUUUGUGUCAAAACAUCUUACACAUUCUUAGAACAUUGUAUAUGGCUAAGUCAAUUCAUAUAAACAAUGCUUUCUCCCACACAAAGGGCGUGGUAUUCAGCACUAAUUUUCCAAUGAGUAGUAGUUCAUCUGCAGGUCGCUGUUGUCUAAGUGUUUCCAUGUGCCUUUGCGGGACUGGAACACCAACAAUUGGUAAGAUGUCAUUGCAAAUGUUAAUAGUAUUUUAUUUUCCUUCAGUGAAAUUUUGUAUAAAGAUUAAAGCUCUAGAGUCUUUGUUUUCAUAUUGUUCCUGUUGUACUAGAUUUAAUUUAUUUUUAGUUGAGGGUUUAGCUUAACUAAAUCUGGAAUGACUGUUUUUCAAUACAACUUUGCUAUGAACUUCCUUCAUCUCACAGGUGGCAUUGUUUGAUUAAAAUCUACAAUAAAAACAGCUGAUCUUGCAAA